AUUGCUUUUCGUCUAACCCCGUUUUCUCUUAUCCAGGUUAGCUUGAACGAUUCCCACAUUCAAAUGGUCGUUCACUGGGCUGGGGAGAAGAGCGAUGUGAUUGUAGCUUUGGCCCGGGACAGCUUAGCAUUGCCAGGUUCCAAAUUUAGUGAUGUUUAUGUUUCCUAUGAUUAUGGGAAAACGUUUAAAAAGAUAUCCAAAAAAUUUGGUUUUGGCCCAGGGAACUCCAGCCAAGCUGUGAUCGCUCAGUUCUACCACAGUCCAGCCGAUAACAAAAGGUACAUCUUUGUCGAUGCGUUCUCCCAGUACCUCUGGCUCACCACGGAUUUUUGCACCACCGUUCAAGGCUUCCCAGUUCCAUUUAAAGCCGCAGAUCUCCUCCUGCACAGCCAGCUCCCCAAUCUUGUCCUGGGAUACGACCGAUCCCAUCCCAACAAACAGCUCUGGAAAUCGGACGAUUUUGGGCAAACCUGGAUUAUGAUUCAUGAACACGUGAAGUCCUUCGCUUGGGGCGUGGAGCCAUACGACAAGCCAAAUACAAUUUACAUCGAGCGGCACGAGCCUAAUUUGUCCUCAACGGUCCUCCGCAGCACAGAUUUCUUCCAGACGCGGGAAAAUAAAGAGAUUUUGCUGGAAGAGGUGGAAGACUUCCAGCUCAGGGACAAAUACCUCUUUGCAACGAAAUCUGGGCCUCUGUCAGGUGAUCAGUUACGAACAUCUGUUCAACUCUGGGUCUCCUUUAACCGGAAGCCAAUGCAGGCUGCACAGUUUGCAACAAGACACCCCAUUAAGGAGUAUUACAUUGCUGACACUUCUGAAGACCAGGUGUUUGUGUGCGUCACUUAUAGUAACAAUAGCACCAGCCUCUAUAUCUCCGAAGCUGAAGGCCUUCACUUUUCGUUGACUUUGGAAAACAUCCUGUAUUACAGUCCUGGUGGAGCAGGCAGCGACACCUUAGUAAGAUACUUAGCAAGCGAGCCUUUUGCAGACUUCCACCGCGUGGAGGGCAUUCCGGGGGUCUAUAUCACCACCUUGAUCAACGGCUCAUUCAGUGACGAGAAUAUGCGCUCGGUCAUCACCUUCGACAAAGGUGGGACUUGGGAAUUUCUCCAGCCUCCAGAGUAUACUCACUAUGGCGAAAAGAUAAAUUGUGAGCUUUCUUUGGGGUGUUCUCUUCACUUGGCCCAAAGACUCAGCCAGCUUCUCAACUUCCAGUUGCGCAGAAUGCCCAUCCUAUCCAAGGAAUCCGCUCCUGGAUUGAUCAUUGCAACAGGUUCUGUGGGGAAGAACAUGGCAAGUAAAAUGAAUGUUUACAUUUCCAGCAGUGCUGGCGUCCGAUGGCAGGAGGUCCUGUCUGGGCCCCAUUAUUACUCCUGGGGAGACCACGGGGGCAUCCUCAUGGCUGUGACACAGGGCUCAGAAACAAACCAGCUGAAGUAUAGCACGAAUGAAGGGGAAACUUGGAAAACCUUCACAUUCUCCGAAAAGCCAGUCUUUGUGUAUGGCCUGCUGACAGAACCGGGCGAGAAAAGCACCAUCUUCACCAUUUUUGGGUCUUAUAAAGAAAACGGCCACAGUUGGCUGAUUCUACAGAUCAACACCACGGAUGUCCUCGGGGUGCCUUGCACGGAAAAUGAUUAUAAGCUGUGGUCUCCCUCCGAUGAACGCGGGAACGAGUGUCUCCUGGGACACAAGACGGUCUUCAAAAGGCGAACGCCUCACGCCACUUGUUUCAACGGGGAAGAUUUCGAUCGACCGUUCCUGGUCUCCAAUUGUUCCUGCACCAGGGAAGACUACGAGUGCGAUUUUGGUUUCAAGCUAAGUGAGGACCUGUCGUUAGAAGUUUGCAUUCCGGAUCCCGAGUUUGCUGGCAAACUUUUCUCUCCUCCUGCGCUAUGCCCGGUUGGGUCAACCUACAAGAAGACACGAGGUUACCGCAAGAUAUCUGGCGACACGUGUUCCGGAGGUGACGUAGAAACCCGGUUAGAAGGGGAAACCGUACCGUGUCCAUUAGCAGAGGAAAAUGAGUUCAUCUUGUAUUCAACAAGGUAUUCCAUCCAUCGGUACGAUCUGUCGUCCGGGUUGACUGAAGAUUUGCCUUUGACGGGGCUGCGUGGGGCGGUGGCCCUCGACUUCGAUUACGCCCACAACUGUCUCUACUGGGCAGAUGUAACUCUUGAAAUUAUCCAGCGUCUCUGUCUCAACGGAAGUUCUGGGCAGGAAGUGAUCAUCGGCACCAGCCUGGAGACGGUUGAAGCAUUGGUCUUUGAGUCCAUCAGUCAACUGCUUUACUGGGUGAACGCCGGCAUCCCCAAAAUCGAGGUUGCCAACCCAGACGGGGACUUGCGUCUUACCAUUUUAAACUCCUCGGUGCUGGAGCGACCGCGAGCCCUAACUUUGGUGCCCAAAGAAGGACUGAUGUUCUGGACAGACUGGGGGGAUUCCCGGCCUGGUAUUUAUCGAAGCGAAAUGGAUGGCUCCUCGGCUACUUGCAUCGUCUCCGAGGGAGUAAAGUGGCCCAACGGAAUUUCGGCAGAUGAUCAUUGGAUCUACUGGACGGAGGCCUACAUGGACAGGAUCGAGCGGGUCGACUUCAACGGCAUGCAGAGAUCAGUGAUCUUGGAUAGUCUUCCUCAUCCCUAUGCCAUUGCUGUGUUUAAGAAUGAUAUUUAUUGGAAUGACUGGUCGCAGCUGAGCAUUUUCAGAGCCUCCAAGCACAACGGAGCCAGAAUGGAGACCUUGGUUGACCAUCUCAAUAGCGUGAUGGACAUGAAAAUCUUCUACCACGGAAAGACUGCAGGGAAGAAUGCAUGUGUAGACAAGCCAUGCAGCCUGCUGUGUCUGCCCAGGGCUAACAAUAGUUAUACCUGUCGAUGCCCUGAUGGAGUCUCCAGCCAUCUGCUCCCAUCAGGCGAGAUACGAUGCGAUUGUCCACCCAACUAUCACUUGAAGAAUGGCACCUGCAUAAAAGAAGAAAACACCUGUCUCUCCAACCAGUACAGAUGUUCAAAUGGGAAUUGCAUUAAUAACAUCUGGAAAUGUGACAAUGACAACGAUUGUGGGGACAUGAGCGAUGAAAAGAACUGCCCAACAACUGUGUGUGAUCCUGACACCCAAUUCCGUUGCCACGAAUCAGGGACCUGCGUCCCCCUGUCCUAUAAGUGUGAUCUGGAAGACGAUUGUGGAGACAGUAGCGACGAGAGCCACUGUGAAGCCCACCAGUGUCAGAAUGAUGAGUUCAGCUGCAAUUCGGGGAUGUGUAUCCGUCUCUCGUGGAAAUGCGACGGUGACAAUGACUGUCGGGAUUGGUCGGAUGAAGCGAACUGCACAGCUGUUCAUCACACUUGUGAAGCCUCCAGUUUCCGCUGCCAAAACGGGCACUGCAUCCCCCAAAGAUGGGCUUGUGACGGAGACACCGAUUGUCAAGAUGGAACGGAUGAAGACCCCAUCAAUUGUGAGAAGAAAUGCAACGGUUUCCAGUGCGCCACAGGAACAUGUAUCCCUUCUAGCAAGCGGUGUAAUGGGGCGCAGGACUGCUCGGAUGGCUCGGAUGAACAACACUGUGAAUCCCUCUGUACACGCUACAUGGAUUUCAUGUGCAAGAACCGGCAACAAUGUCUGCUGCGUUCCAUGGUAUGUGACGGCACCUUGCACUGCCGCGAUGGCUCGGAUGAAGAUCCCGCCUACGCCGGGUGUUCCCAGGAUCCGGAGUUCCAUCGCACUUGUGACCAGUUCAGCUUCCAGUGUCAGAACGGCGUGUGCGUCAGCUUGGUGUGGAAAUGUGACGGCACCGAUGAUUGCGGAGAUUACUCGGAUGAAGCAAACUGUGAAAACCCAACCGAAGUCCCCAGCUGUUCUCGGUAUUACCAAUUCCAGUGUGACAACGGGCAUUGCAUCCCCAACCGAUGGAAAUGUGAUCAAGAAAACGACUGCGGAGAUUGGUCGGAUGAGAAGUCAUGCGGUGGCUCUGCAGUCAUCCCCAUCACCACGACGGUUCCUGCCACGUGUGGCCCAAAUCACUUCCGGUGCAAUAGUGGGACGUGCAUCAUGAACAGCUGGGUUUGCGAUGGAUACCGAGACUGUGCCGACGGAUCCGACGAGGAGGCCUGCCCCACUGCACCCGUUGGUGCCAGUUCCACGUCUGCCAGCGUUCAUGGACGGUGCAGCCGGUUUGAAUUUGAGUGCCAGCAAACCAAGAAGUGCGUUCCAAAUUGGAAACGCUGCGAUGGCUUGAAGGAUUGUCAGGACAGCACGGAUGAACUGAACUGCCCGACUCACAGCACCUUGUUAUGCCCUAGUGGAUUCAGAUGUGAAGAUGGGGAGGCCUGCAUCAUGAAGAUGGAGCGAUGUGACGGUUUUCUGGAUUGUCCGGAUAGCAGCGACGAAAAGAACUGUACCGAUGAUACUCUCGUCUAUAAGGUUCAGAACCUGCAAUGGACAGCUGACUUUUUGGGCAACAUCACGUUAUCCUGGGCUCAGCCGAAGAAGAUGCCUCUCGCUUCCUGUGUCUACAACAUCUACUACAGGAUGGUGGGAGAAAGCAUGUGGAAAUCGGUGGAAACUCACAGUAGCAAGACCAACACCAUCUUGAAAGUACUGAAGCCGGAUUGCACCUAUCAAGUCAAGGUCCAGGUCCAGUGUUUGAGCAAAGUGUACAACACCAACGAUUUCAUAGUCUUACGGACUCCAGAAGGACUUCCAGAUCCGCCCCGCCAUCUUCAACUGCAGCUGAAAAAAGAAGCUGAAGGCAUCGUGGUUUGCCAGUGGGCGCCUCCGGCAAACGCCCACGGUCUCAUCAGAGAAUACGUUGUGGAAUACAGCAGAGCCGGUUCGAAGGAAUGGUCUUCCGUGAGGGCACCCACUAACUGUUCCGAAGUUGAGAUGUUGCAGGUCAACGCCUUAUAUGUUUUCAGAGUUGCCGCAGUUACAAGCCGUGGAGUGGGCAACUGGAGCGAUUCCAAAUCCAUACGGACAAUAAAAGGCAAAGGUAAAACCUUUCAGGGGUUAAUUUCUUGCAUUCUUUUCUCUAAUAUGACACAGGUGAAUGGCUACGUCGUGAAAAUUUUCUGGACUUUUGACACCCACCGACAAGAGAAAAGAUCGUUCUAUGUAGAUGGAGGGAAGUCAGCUCAAACAGUGAGGAAUUUGACUGCUCAGACGCCGUAUGAAAUAUCUGCCUGGGCCAAGACGGAACUGGGGGACAGCCCGCUCUCUUUCGCGCACGUGGUGACCCGCGGUACGAGGCCGUUCCCCCCCAGCCUGAAAGCCAAAGCGGUCAACCAGACAGCCGUCGAAUGCAACUGGAGCGGGCCAAGGAAUGUGAUAUAUGGUAUAUUUUAUGCCACGUCUUUCCUGGAACUCUACCGGAAUCCUAGCAAUGCGACUACAGCUCUCCACAAUAUGACUGUGAUUGUUAACAGGGAUGAGCAGUACUUAUUCCUGGUGCGGGUUAUUUCUCCCUACCAAGGACCACCCUCAGAUUAUAUUGUUGUGAAGAUGAUUCCUGACAAUCGCCUUCCCCCUCGACACCUUCACGCUGUCCACCUAUCAAAAACAUUUGCCAUCAUUAAAUGGGAGUCGCCUUACGAUUCCCCAGAUCAAGAUAUGUUGUAUGCGGUGGCUGUGAAAGACUUAAUAAGAAAGACGGAUCGAAACUAUAAGGUGAAGACUCGAAACAGCACGGUGGAAUAUACCAUCAAAAGACUGGACCCCGGCGGAAGAUACCACAUCGUUAUACAACUAGGAAACAUGAGCAAAGAAGCCAGUUUGAAAAUCAACACAGUAUCCUUGGCUGCGCCGGAUGCUUUAAAGAUUAUACCAGAAAAUGACCACAUCUUGUUAUUUUGGAAGAGUUUAGCCCUGAAAGAAAACCAAUUUAAUGAGACCCGGGGGUAUGAGGUGCACAUGUUUGACAGUGGGACCAACACCACAUCGUAUCUGGGGAACACUACAGAGAAUGUCUUCAAAGUUUCCCACCUGAAGGCCGGCCACAAUUACUCCUUCACAGUGCAAGCAAGAUGUCUCUACACUGGGCAGAUGUGUGGAGAGCCGGCAACUCUUCUUUACAGUGAGCUGGGAAGAGAUGGAGAUGCCAGUGCAUCCAUAUUGGGCAAAUCUAAGGAUGUUGCUGCCAUUGUGGUGCCCGUCUUGUUUCUUUUACUAGUGACAGUGGGCGUUGGGUUUGUGGUCUUGUACAUGAGGCAUCGAAGACUUCAAAAUAGCUUCACAGCUUUUGCCAACAGUCACUACAACUCCCGACUGGGCUCCGCCGUAUUCUCCUCUGGAGAUGACUUAGGAGAUGAAGACGACGAAGCCGCAAUGAUCACAGGUUUCUCAGACGACGUCCCUAUGGUAAUAGCGUGAAGAACGUUUCUGGUUCCGGAAAGCAAAAUAAUAAUAAUAAUAAUAAUAAUUAAAAAAUGGUGUAAAUAUUUUAUUUGAUAAAGAAAAAAAAGUCAACUGUUUAUUUUAAAACAAAACAAAACUGAAAAGCACUUUUGAGUUGCAAUACAUUAUUUUUGUAUCGGCUGAAAAAGAAAACAAAAAAAAAGAAAUAAUGAUUACA